UUGAUGUUGUUUGCUUUACAGUAGUCUUUGUUGCUUAUUGUCUUUUCUAGGCUUCUCGACCCACUGUCUUCGCCGAAAAAAGGAAUCGUCCGCUGAUCGCUCCGCGAAAUCUAAAUGCAGAAGGUUUGUGUAAUGGGACGAAGCCCAUUUGGCGACCACUUAUUCAAAGUGGAAUCCCGAGCGAUUCACAUAUCGGCAUCUUUCCAAACAUCCCGCUUAUCCGUUGAAGUCCCGCAAAGCAGCUUCCUGCACGGUCAGCAUUUUGUUAUGACGAUCAACAAGUCGCCAGGCCAAUGGUGACCUAUGUUCCCAUGAUGUGUUUAGCCUUUUUCCAAAGGUGCUGUCAUCAGGCCAAUAGCACAGAGUGUUGAU